AUGGGCAGACGAUCGAUGACCGGCCAGCUCCCUGCGUUUGGUCUGAAUACCACCCCAAUCAGCAAAAUCAUCGAAGAGACGAACGCCACGGGAUCCUCGGUCGUGUUGAUGAUUGAAACAAGAGAAAGCAUCGAUAACAUUGAUGAGAUCGCGGCGGUUCCGGGAGUUGAGGUGCUGUUGGUUGGAUCUAAUGAUCUCUCCAUAGAGUUGGAAGUUCCUGGUGAAUUCAAGAGCGCCGAGUUCCGCGGGGCACUCGAGGCCAUUAGCAAAGCCUGUAAGAAACAUGGCAGAGUGAUGGGACUUGCUGGAAUAUACGAAAAUCCGGAGCUACAAAACUGGGCAAUCCAGGAGCUCGGCGUGGGCUAUAUAUACUUGACUGAGCUGAAGAGGAGAUCUAUCGUCUCACGGGAUGGAGACAGCCCGAAAGCUGCCAAGCGGCGCCGACGACAGCCAUCGGACAACACCAACUCACUACGGCUCUCAGGAAACUCACCACAGCGAGCGGGAACUCCAGAUGAAACUUGGCCGCCGUUCGCCAACAGAAUUCCAGCAGCGGUGCCCGCGGCCAAUGCUGAAGCAGUCAAUGGUGAAGCGGCCUUGAGCGGUGGGCCGAGAAGAGAGAGCCUGAUGACAAUGCAUAAUGCCCUUGCAAGUGGCCAGUCGGAGGUCCUCCGUGAUGUCAAUGGGAGGAGGCGGUUUCUUGGCCCGUCCUCAACGUGGGCCUACAGUCGCCAGGUCAUGCGCUUGAUCAAGGACCAUCUGAAGCAUUCGGAGUCUCCAGAAGUGCCUCUCAACCCGGAUGGCCGAUCUGUCGAAUGGCCAUCAGUGAGAGCGAGAGGCCCGCUGAACAUGGACCAAAUCCCCUCCCUCGAUUAUGCCAUGUAUUUGACCAACACGGUCAGGUUUCACUUGGGCCAGUUGUACCACUUGUUCCACGAGAAAACAUUUAUGGAUGGGCUAUAUGAAUUUUACGAUCGAGGACCGCAGGCCGAGCCGCUCCCGGGCGGUCACUUGUGGUUCGUCCACUUUCUCUUGAUCAUGGGCUUUGGCCAAGCGCUGCUGUCCGGGAGCAUGGGCAACAGACCUGGAGGGUUCGAGCUGAUAUCACGCGCUAUCGAGCUUCUUCCAAAUUCCUUUGGCCUUUACCAAGACCCUAUUCUUUCUAUUGAAAUACUGUGCUGCCUCGCCUUAUACUUGCAGUCAAUUGAUCAUCGAAACAGCGCUUUCCUCUAUAUUGGCCAGGCAAUGCGCAUGGCUCUGAGCCAGGGACUGCAUCGGGAGCUUGUUGGAGACGAUCUCACCGAGGAAGAUGCCAAACGCCACCGGGCCGUUUGGUGGACGAUAUACAUCCUGGACCGGAGAUUUUCGUCCCUCAUGGGAGCACCCAAUAUGAUCCAUGAUGAAGAUAUAAUGGUUUCAUUACCCGACUUUGGGCACAACUCGAUUUUUUCCAAAUCCUUGACGCUGCACGUCGCGUUAUCGCGCUUAUUGGCCAAUGUCUUAGAGAAUGUAUAUGGCAAAAAUGGAGAGCUUGGGCUUUCCUUUUUAGAAAACACCCAAGAAGUAUUGAGAAAUCUCGCAGGCCUCGCGAGUGACCUCGAGGAGUCAUUUGAGUUCCGAUUUGAUCGCUCGGGGCCGACUUCUAGAGUUGCAGCCACGUUAAACUUAUACUAUCACCAGUGUAUAGUCCUCGCUACUCGCCCAUUACUCAUGUGCUUGAUACGAGAGAUGCUUGAGAAUAUCAGUGCAAAACGUGAGCACCGUCAACUAGCAGCACCAAUCAAAGCUCUACUCAAGACCUCACAAGAAUCUGCGACCAAAUCACUGCGUAUCCUUUUAUCUCUCCAAACACAGCAUCUAUUAGAGUCUUUUCUUCCCUUCGACCUCGACAGCACAUUCUCAUCUGCCUUUAUCCUUGCUUUGAUGGCAAUCAUCCCCCAUUGCCCCUUCAAAGAUGUGACGGAGAUUGAUACCAGUUUUUACCUGUUGAAUCAGAUGAUUGCUAGGGGCAGUUUUAUCGCCGAGUUCCGGAAAGAUGAGCUUGAGAGGCUUUUGGAAUUCUUAAGAUUGCUCAAUGUGGAAUUAUCAGCAACGACUCCAGUGGAAUCUCAGUUGGGAUAUCUUACCGCGACUGCCACGACGAAUGCCGCUGAGCAUUUUGCACAGAAUUUCGAUCAAACCAAACAAGCCUCUCAUCUGCCACCCCACCUAGAAGAGACAAGCGCAGUGAGCGGACUUUCGCCCAACCAGAUGUUGGGUUUGGCAGAGCUUCUUGACCAGGAUACCGCGAUUUCUCAGGAAGAUUUGCAUUGGCUAUGGACCAGCUCUGGCGUUGCUGACAGGCAGGGGGCCAUGUAUCACGUCGGGGAGGUGACUGAUACAUGGGCAACUGGAUGA